UAACAGUUACAGUGUCCCAAGGACCAAGAAAAUCAGUGGGAUGUAGCAAAGAGUGUUAACCUCAUCAUGCAAAUGCUCUCGGGGUGUGAUCCUCCUGAGGACCAAUCUGUGACUCCCCAGGGGGCUGUCCGGAAGCAAGACAAGGCCACACCCUCUGCUCACCUGGUCAUUCCGUGGUCCACUUCUGAGGCAUCCAGACAUGUGCUGCAGAUGGGAGACAUGGACACAAUGAAAGGGGCUGCAAGUGGCAGAAGGCCUGGCCAGCAGAAACAAGGUGUCUCCCACAGGGAAAAUGGAAGGAUUUCCUCAAAGGAAAAUCUGUCUGUAAAAGAGAAGGGAGGAGAUCGACAGCCCUCAGAAAGACAGAGAGAAAAAUGAAGCAUGGAGACACAAGAGGGCUCUCAGAGCAAAGCAGAGGUCAUUAGGCACAAGCGAUGCAGAAGCCGGGAUGGCUCCCCUGAGAGUCACAAGAGAAAUGGCCAUGAAGAAGAGAAGGCGAGGGGACGACCACCCCCAGCCCAGUGGAGAACUAAGGAGCAUCCAAACUCCUGCAGAGCAGGACUUUACCACAGAGGAAGUUCUGCCCAUACUUCUGGGCGUCUCCAGGACAGGGGAGCCCGGUUCCAAUCGCCAGUGUGGGCCCGGGGCCACAGACGCUGCCAGUACAACCCGGAGUCCAGGCCCGCCUCGCCCAAGCGCCCUCGCAGAAGCCAGUCACCUGAAGCCGCCGAGCCCCUGGAGGCGCUCACGUCCAAGCUCUCCAACCAGAUGGGAGCCCUUGAAGUGGUCCUGGAUGAGUUGCGGGCCCCGGGGGGCGCCUUCCUACCGGUGGCCACCGACCACACGGAGCCCACAGCCUCGCAGCGCGCCUGGCUCACCUGGCAGCUGACGCACGCGGGCGCCGCCCUGCACUGGGCGCUGACGGCGCUCGAUUCCCUGCUCCCGCGCACCACCGACCUCCGGGCCCGCAGGUCUACCCGCCCUGGGCGCCUGGGCCUUAGGGGCGCACCUCGCCUUUCUCCACCACUUCUCUGGUCUUGCAAGGCUCCGAGGCAGCAUCUCAGUACCCUGAGGCCAAGAACUUCCUCCAUAAAGGACAGAAACCCACCUUUCUGGGGGACGGUGUUCCUCAGGGACCAGACCUUAUCCCCUGCUGCUUCCCAGCUCAGGGAGAUGUGUUCCUGUGUCCAGAAGUCAUGUGUCCUGCUAGGACGUGCAUUCUGA